AUGAAUUCUCCACCACUUGCAUGCAGGUCGAAAGAAGAAGCUGUGGAUUCUCAUAAUAUCGAUGUUGCUUCUAUCACAUCUGUUGAUGGUCAACCGACGCCGCCAAUCGAAGGCAAUCAAGUGACUUACAAAUUUUCGAGCAUUUUUUCGGGUCUUCCGCCAUCAAACGGGCAGAAUUACAUUCAACGAUUGGCCGCAAUCACAGAAAGUGAUUCCGAAGAGGAAGAAGAUAUGGUUAUGACACCAAAUGAUGCCAAAAUGCCAAAACUAGGAGAAAAACAAUCAAACAACUUCCCGUUAUUGUCUCUUUCGGAUACGAAAUCUGUUAAAAAACGCGAGAGAAAAUCAUCGUCAAAAGCCAAAAAUGCUGUCAAACAAGAACCAUCGACUUCUAAUACUUCUUCGGAUUCCGUUGCACAAUUAUCGGCAGGUGUCAAAACGAAAUCGCGGCGUGUUUCUCGUCCAACUCAGCGCAAAAGAGAAAACAUUGAAUAUAUUUCUGAGCAGAAGCGAUCAACUAGAACGAGGAAGGCAAAAACAGGAUCCGCUCAAACGCUAGCUGUACAGACAGACACCAACAGUACAGACACAGCACAUGCGCAAACUAAUUUUUCUCAUGUUAAUGAGCCUCGUGGAACUCAGAAUCAAGCAUCGCAAGCUCAGGCAAAACAUGCUCAAGAAGAUCAGGCUCAACCAACUCAGGCUCAAGAUACUCAUAAUCAAGCAACGCUGACUCAAACAAGUGAGUCUCAAGCAACUCAGAAUCAAGCAACGCAGGAUCAGGCAGUAAUGACACACGUACCACAGGAUCAGACAGCCCAGGCUCAAUCGCAUGAGACUCAAAAAUCAGCGGUUCGCGCAACUCAGGAUGAGACAGCGCAGGAACAGACAACUGAAGCUCAAGCAACUCAGGAUCACACAAUGAUGAAUCAAGUGACACAGGAUCCGACAACUCAGGCACAAGCAACUAUAAACAGUGCAACUCAGCUUCAUGCAACUCAGGUUCAUCAAGGACAAUCUCAAUCUGACCGAGGCAGCUGUAAAAUAUUUCAAACACCGAGCUUCGACAGUUUUAGAGAUUCUCGUACUUACAUGCGAUCACCGGCCCCACUCACUUAUCAUUAUCAAGUUCGCGCACCGUUUUCCAGCUAUCAGCCAUCCAACGAUUACAUUCCACCAUUUUCAUCGUGUCAGACAGCUCUAAACGAUCAGCAGCUAUUCCUGACCAAUGGGUUUACCCAAUCGCCUGUGCUUCGACCGCAGUCGCUAGCUUGUCAUUCGCGUCACAAUGGUUUCGAUUCGGACAUCUACACAGCAAGAUCAAUGAAAAAACAGCAAUCAAUUUGGUACAAUCCCAAAACAAAUGCAGGUGAACCCAGCUUAUUCGCUUCCACAUAUUACGAACACGAUCCAUGCAUUUGUCCAAGGCCAGAAUAUGGUCAGCAUUUUCCCGGAAUUUUCGCAACACCGCCAGUGCCGAUUGAAUAUUUCGAAAACUAUGCAACCCCAGCGAAAAGAGCUCGUUUUGAAUCAAACAGUGCAAUGAAAGCCGAGGCCUACACUAGUCCUACGAUGACUGACUACUAUUCUCCGCCAGCAACAAACUAUCCAGUUGUCUACAAUAUGCCGACUUCCAUAAGAUCAGCGACUCCGAACAACGGAUUUCCAUCUCCUAUUCAAUACGUUGGAUCACUUCCAAGCGUAUAUUCAUUUAAAAAUGGCGCUUUGGAAUUCACUGAUGACUACGUUACGCCCAAAGAAGCAUUACCAGUCCCUGGGCCAAAUGAUCCACUUCCAUCAAUUGAAACAAUUUUUUCAAAAUCGGCCAACGGAUCAGCAUUGAAGCAACAUUCGGAUGAUUCAUCGUCAUUUUUGUUCUGA